CACCAAUGAAAAAGUUCAUCUUUUUCAGUCUUUUCACUCCCCAGAUUAUCAAGCCGAUAUUCAAGAAGGGUUAGUUCUUGAAAUCUCUUCAAUCGUAAAGUGAGGAUUUUAAUGGGUUCGGUUUCGGGUCAAACCCGAAUUACAAUGAUGAACAUCUCCCUCUCCUCGUCUGAGAAGAGCUCUAGUUUUCGCUCCUCGCUUCUCAAUUCAAAGAACGCAGUUUCAGAUAGUUAUGGGGUCUCUUCCAGAAGCAGCACAUUCCUCAGUGGCCAAUUCCAAAGAAUACAACUUUCUUUUCCUCGCAAAUCUCGACCUUUGCCAAAACGUUCAGGUCACGUUGUGUGCGUGAUGCCGUUAACGGAAGAGAAUGUGGAGAUAGUACUCGACGAAGUACGCCCCGCGCUAAUGGCAGACGGGGGAAACGUGGCGCUGCACGAGAUAGACGGACUUGUGGUGGUUCUUAAGCUACAAGGAGCUUGUGGCUCGUGUCCUAGCUCGUCAAUGACGUUAAAGAUGGGAAUAGAGAGUCGUCUCCGUGACAAGAUUCCAGAGAUUAUGUCUGUUGAGCAGUUUCUUGAAGCAGAGUCUGGAGGGUUAGAGCUCACCGACGAAAACGUUGAAAAGGUUCUCGCUGAGCUACGGCCUUAUUUAUCAGGAACCGGAGGUGGAGGGCUUGAGCUGGUUGAGAUCGAUGGUUAUAUAGUUAAGGUUCGGCUCACUGGACCAGCUGCUAAAGUCAUGACGGUUCGUGUCGCGUUGACUCAGAAACUGAGGGAAAACAUUCCUUCCAUAGGUGCAGUCCAGCUUCUAGAGUGACAGUCAUUAACCUUCUUUUUGUAUGUAACUUGUAUUGUUCAUCUUAUACAAGGGUCUAUUUUCGAAUUCAAUAUACAUUAUAUUCAAAACUAACAUCCACAUAGAAGAAAUAGUUUUC